AUGGGCGACAACCAGUUCACCACCUUUACCAACUGCCGCUACUGCCUUGACGGCGCCCUGGUUGACGACCAUCUCGUCAUCUCCGAGGAAACUGGCAAAAUCAUCAAGCGUACCGGCUACAUUGGUGGCGAGAUUGUCGAUCUCGAGGGAAACAUCAUAGCUCCCGGCCUGCUCGAGCUGCACACCAACGGCGUCAAUGGAUUCCAUUUCACUCACUUUGAAAACAACCACCAGUAUGAGCUGAAGCUGAAAGAGACGGCCGAAUUCUACGUCACCCAGGGCGUUACGGGCUUUUGGGCCACCUUGCCCACUGUGCCUCCCGAAACGUUCCAAAAGAUCCUCCCUUCCCUCGCCCCCCACGCCUUCCCCUCCGCAGCAACCCUCCUCGGCGCCCACGUUGAAGGGCCCUACCUUUCCCCGCACAAACCCGGCGCACACACGCACACGCUCUUCCACACCCCAGCCAGCGCUUCCGACCCCCUCGCCAUCUACGGCCCCGCUCUCUCCAACCGCACCAUAAAGCUCUGCACCCUCGCCCCCGAGCUCGAGGCCAGCACCGCGCUCAUCCGUGCCCUCACUGCGCACGGCGUCGUCGUCUCGCUCGGCCACUCCGUCGCCAGCUACUCGACGGGCCUGGCCGCCCUCGCCGCUGGCGCCACCGGCCUCACGCAUACUCUCAACGCCAUGGCGCCACUUGAGUCACGCGCGCCUGGCCUUGCAGGUUUGCUCGCCCUCCCCGACGACCCCACGGCCGCCGUUCCUGCGCCGUACUACAGCCUCAUAGCCGACGGGCAGCACCUCGCGCCCGCGACGCUCGCGCUCCUCUACCGCGCAGCCCCGCACCGCGCCCUCCUCGUCAGCGACAGCAUCGAGCUCGCGGGCCCCUCCCUCCCAGCAGGCACAUACCCCGGGCACGCGCAGAUCCCGCAUCCACAGGUCAAGAUCACGCACGAUGCCACAGGCGCCUUACUCCCUACUCCCAAAGCCGUGCUCGAGGGCGCCGAGACGCUGGUCGGCGGGUGCGCGAUGCUGCGCGAGUGCGUGCGCAACGUCGCGGCCUGGAGCGGAAGCGGGAUCGCGGGGGCGGUGGCGGCCGCGACGGAGAACGUGGCAAAGUUUAUGGGCGUCGAGGGCGCUGUGGGGAGUUUGCGGGAGGGGAGGCGGGCGGAUUUGUGCGUGCUUAAUGAGGAGGGGGAGGUGUUGCAGACGUGGGUGGCGGGGCGGAAAGUUUGGGAACGGGAGGGCGGGUUGUACUGA